UGGAAUCCAAUGUGUUUGCGGAAGUUUGAGUUUCACUAUUGACUGGUUGAGAUUCAGCAGCUCGGGCUUCCACGGUUUUACCGCACAGUUUUAAACAGCGAUCAUGGAUUUAAAUUCGGAAUCUGUGAAGAAAGUUCUCUCUAAGUAUAAAUAUCGUGAUGUGGCCAUUGAAGAGCUCCAGAAAGUGUCUCGCGUUCACACUGAUAUGGAAGUAAAGUCUGGAACAUACACAUUUAAUGACAAUUUACAGAAGGAUCUCCUCCAACUGGUUGGAAAUAUCCCAGUCAUAUAUCAAGGACACUCAUAUAACCUGCCCGUCCUGCUGUGGCUCUUGGAUUCCUUCCCCUUCACUCCUCCCAUGUGCUUCUUGAGACCCACUUCCAGCAUGGUCAUACGGGAGGGUAAACAUGUCGAUUCGAAGGGUAGAAUACACCUGCCGGGCCUGCACAACUGGGACCACCCAAAGUCGUCUGUGAAUGGGCUUCUGGCAGAGAUGAUUGCUAAAUUUGAAGAGGAACCUCCACUGAGCACCAAAUCUUCAGCACAUGUCGACACACCCAACGAUCUACUGGCCUUUGUGGCGAAUCUCAAAGUUAAUGAAGGUGGAAAUCGUCCUGAUCAAGAGGUUAAAGUGUGUGUGAUUGGCGGGGGAGAUUUGGGAAUUGCUGCCGUGUUGAGUAUCAUGGCGAAAUGCUGUGUUGACAAACUGGUUUUGAUUGACAUCCCUGAGAGUUCAACCAAAGGCGGCACGAUGGAUUUGGAAAUUUUCAGUUUACCAAAGGUCGAGGUCUCAAAAGACCUGUCGGCCUCAGCGGGCUCUAAAGUGGUGGUUGUCACAGCGAAUGCCUGGAGUGAUGAGCAGUCAUAUUUAAGUGUAGUUCAGACUAAUGUGGACAUGUACAGAGGAAUCAUCCCACAUCUCGCCCAGCUGAGUCCAAGAGCCGUGCUGCUCAUCGCCUCUCAACCAGUGGACAUUAUGACACAUGUUGCCUGGAGACAAAGUCAUCUUCUGCCCUCUCAAGUGAUCGGUGUGGGGUGUAAUCUGGAUUCAGAGAGACUGUCUCACAUCAUCAACAUUUCACUGGUGGCAAAUAACACAGGCAAGCAGGCCUGGGUCAUUGGAGAACUCUCGGAGAACAAGGUGGCAGUGUGGGGUAAUAUGGAGCCGGGAACUGAUCAAUUACAUGCGUUAACCCCAGUGUCCAACUCUACCAAACCCUUGAUGGACAGGGCAUUAGAGAUGCUCAAGGGCAGAGGUCAGAGGUCAUCGUCAGUUGGGUUAUCCAUUGCUGGCAUCAUUCACAGCAUCGUAACAAACCAAAGGAAAACACACUCUGUCUCAACAUUGGCUGAGGGCUGGGGUGGAAUCGGUUCAAAAGUGUUCCUCAGCUUGCCGUGCAUCCUCGGGGAAAACGGCUCCACCAGAUUACCAGGUGUGUCUUUAGGUUCAGAAGAAGAAAUGACGCUGAGGGAGAGUGUGGCGUGUCAGGUUAACCUCUUCAUGCAGCUGAGAUUGUAAAACACCAUCACGUCUACAACCGCAGCUUUCAGAACGGUUACGGAUGAGGGGCUAUUCAAAGAAAUGUCUGUAGAAUGUGAAGAUUCAGGUUAGUCCUUCCAGCAACACUUGCUUAUGUUAUAUUCUCCCUGCAGUCACUGUGAAGUGAAAGUCUUGCAUCUGAUCGCAAUAGCACUUAAAGACACUAUCCUGGCUUCUGGUGAAGCAUUAUGCAUAAUAAUACUGCACUUCAAUAUUGUUUACAAUAUAAAACUAUGUAGAUGCAAUCCUUUUUGUCAUAUAACUUAUUGUAUGUGGUUGCCUGUGCAAAUAUUGGACAAUGGUGCCUUUAUGGAAGGAUAAAUUACGGUUGAAUGGUAAAAUGAAUGGCUUUAAGAGAGUUAAACCAAAAAAUGUAAUUCUAUCAUUACUCACCCUUGAGUUGUUCCAAACCUGUAUGAAUUUCGUUCUUCUGCUGAACUCAACACAUGUGGUCAUCAUAUUCUUCAAAAUAUUCUUCCUUUGUGUUCAGCAGAAGAAAGACAUUCAUAUAGGUUUGGAAAACUUGAGGUGAAUAAAUGUUGACAGAAUUUUCAUUUUUGGGUGAACUAUCUAUUUAAAAGCUAUUAUCAAUCAUGCAAAUCUGUGAUGUAGGAUUUUCUUAAAUUAAUUAAAGGGUGCGGGUUCUUAAAGUGCUUUUCUGCAAGCGAAUGUACAUUUUCAUAUCUAAAGAAAUAGAAAUACCAUCCUGGUAUUAUAUUUUAUCAAGUUUUGCUUGUCAUGUACUGUACCUCUGAAUGUGCAAUCAGAAAUGAAUAUAGCAAUAAUGUAAAUAAAACACUCCACUUUACUAUC